AAAUUUUAAUUCACCUGAAUCAUGUCCUUUUCUAGAUUCUGCAGGUGACAUGAACACAUGGAGAUAGGAAAUUACUCUGCCACAAAUGAAUUCUUUCUCAUGGGCCUUUCCCAGUACCCAGAACUCCAGCUUUGUCUGUUUGUGCUCUGUCUCAUCAUGUAUCUGAUAAUCCUACUAGGAAAUAGUCUACUCAUUAUCAUCACCAUCCUGGAUUCUCGCCUCCAUACCCCCAUGUACUUCUUCCUUGGAAACCUUUCAUUCUUAGAUAUCUGCUACACAUCAUCAUCAGUUCCGCCAAUGCUUUUUAUAUUUAUGUCUGAGAGAAAAUCCAUCUCCUUCAUUAGCUGUGUUCUACAAAUGGUCGCUUCCCUUGGCUUGGGCUCUACUGAGUGUGUCCUCCUGGCUGUGAUGGCCUAUGACCGGUACGUGGCCAUCUGCAACCCACUGAGGUACCCCAUCAUCAUGAACAAGGUGUUAUAUGUGCAAAUGGCUGCGUGGUCUUGGGUCAUAGGCUGUCUGAACUCUCUAGUGCAAACAGUCCUGACAAUGGUGUUGCCUUUCUGUGGAAAUAAUGUCAUUGAUCAUAUAACCUGUGAAAUUCUGGCUCUUCUUAAACUCAUAUGUUCAGAUAUCUCCAUGAAUGUGCUUAUCAUGACAGUGGCAAGUAUUGUUUUAUUGGUUAUUCCACUACUGUUAAUUUUUGUCUCCUAUGUGUUCAUUCUCUCUUCUAUCCUGAGAAUUAGUUCUGUUGAGGGGAGAAAGAAGGCCUUUUCUACCUGUUCAGCCCACCUGACUGUGGUCAUCUUAUUCUAUGGUUCAGCUCUUUUUAUGUACAUGAAGCCCAAGUCAAAGGACACAAAGACAUCUGAUGAGAUCAUUGCACUGUCUUAUGGAGUUGUAACCCCAAUGUUGAACCCUAUCAUCUACAGCCUGAGGAAUAAGGAGGUAAAAGCAGCUGUUAAGAAAGUCCUCAGCAGAUGCUACAUGUACUGAAAACAUG